AUGCAUCAAACUUGACUUUGUUAUAGACGUUAACAGCAACGGGUUUCGACCAAGGGUUUACAGCGCAUGCGUCCGGCCACAAUGGGUUUUCUUUUAACCGCAGAGUGAUUCCUCUUUAUAUUUAACGAUCUUUGGUAGCACCGGCAAAGAGGAAACAGUUGAAAAGUUCCCCUCCUUCUUUGUGAUUUUACUGUCUCCCUUUAUUACUGUACCAACCUAAGUUAGCUAGUAUAGUUAUUCUUUUCAUAAACCACCAUGAGGCGGACAAGAAGUUCGAGAAAUGAAAGUCAGAAAGUAGAAGAAACUGAAGAAGUCGAGUCCAAAACAGUGUGGCAGUGGAAGGGAGAUAAAGGACAGUGGGAACCAUACCUGCCUUCAGUCUGCGCCAUGCUGGACUCAGCCGUCUCUUCAGGAAAAACUUCUGUAACUGUAUCUCUCAGCUCCGGGACGUCCUAUGAAGUCGACCUGAAGAAGAUGGUACAGAUUAAUCCUGUCACCAAGUUCAAGAGGAAGAUUCGCUCUCAGACAGUAAAACCAGAAACUUUGAAUGAUGCCGGUGACUCAAGUGUUCAGAAUGGGGCGCCGGUUCAAGUCAAAGAGGAAGAGGAGGAGAAGGAAGAGCAACCUGCAGCUAAGAGGAAGAGAGGGCAGGGCAAGAGUCAGACAAAAACUGAAAAAAUGCCCAAAGAAGAAAUAAAAACUGAAGAGGUUGUGAGGACUGUGGUCAUGAAAGGAAAAGCUCCAGUGGACCCUGAAUGUAAAGCCAAACUUGGAAAGGCUCAUGUUUACAAUGAAGGAAAUGAUGUUUACGACGUGAUGCUAAAUCAGACAAAUCUUCAGUUUAACAACAACAAAUACUACCUGAUCCAACUGUUGCAAGACGACAGCUCUAAGGCAUACAGUGUGUGGAUGAGAUGGGGCAGAGUGGGAAAAGUGGGUCAAAACAGUCUGACAGCCUGUGGUGCAGACCUGCUGAAAGCCAAAGAUAUCUUCAUGAAAAAAUUUUUAGACAAGACCAAGAACGAGUGGGAAGACCGAGAAAGUUUUGAGAAAGUACCUGGAAAAUAUGACAUGGUGUUCAUGGACUACAGCUCAAAUGAAAAGGAGGAGAACAAGACGGUAGUGGAUGCUGCACCCAAAAAGAAGACCUCCAAGCUGGAUGUGAAGAUUCAGUCUCUCCUGGAGCUAAUCUGUGACAUCAAAGCCAUGGAGGAGUGUGUGCUGGAGAUGAAGUUUGACACCCGGAAAGCUCCUCUAGGCAAGCUGACCUCAGAGCAGAUCCGUGCAGGCUACACGGCUCUAAAGAAAAUCGAGGAGUGUUUGAAGAAGAAGGGCAGCAAUCGUGAUCUGCUGGAGGCUUGCAACCAGUUCUACACCCGCAUCCCUCAUGACUUUGGGUUGAGGACUCCUCCAAUCAUUCGUACAGAAGAUGAGCUGAAGGAAAAAAUUUCACUGUUGGAGGCUCUGAGUGACAUUCAGAUUGCAGUGAAAAUGGUUCAGUCCAGUGAAAACAGUGACGAACAUCCUCUGGACAGACAGUACAGCUCCCUCCAGUGCCAGCUGCAGUCUCUGGACCCCAGCAGCCACGAGUUCACAGUGAUAGAAAAGUAUCUCCAGUCCACUCAUGCCUCCACCCAUCGUGACUACAACAUGACUGUCCUUGACAUUUUCUCAGUGGACAGAGACAGCGAGCGUAACAACUUCCUCUCACAGAUGCACAACAGGACUCUGUUAUGGCACGGCUCCCGCCUCACAAAUUGGGUCGGCAUCCUCAGUAAGGGGCUCCGAGUGGCUCCACCUGAAGCUCCAGUCACUGGUUACAUGUUUGGAAAAGGUAUCUACUUUGCUGACAUGUCGUCCAAGAGUGCCAACUACUGCUUCGCCACUCAGAACAACAACGUGGGACUGCUGCUCCUGUGUGAGGUUGCUCUGGGAGACUCUAACGAGCUGCUGGAUGCCGACUACGAGGCCAACAACCUGCCUGAAGGAAAACACAGCACCAAGGGCCUCGGACAGACCGGACCUGACCCCAAAAACUCUGUCAAUCUGGAUGGUGUGACCGUGCCUAUGGGGCCGGGGCGGAAGACGGGGGUGGGUAAAAACAACUCUUACUCCCUUCUGUACAACGAGUACAUCGUCUACAACCCUGCACAGACUCGCAUGAGGUAUCUGCUGCGGAUCAAGUUCAACUAUUCUUCACUGUGGUGAGGUCGUCCAAAACACUAUUGACCCAUGGAAUCUGGAGAUUUCAAGGGAUUUCAUCUCCACAAAGCAGGAAUAACACAUCAUAUAGUUCUUCGUGUACAGUUAGAUUCUGGUUCUUUGGGAUAUGAUGUUAAACCUGAAUAAACAGAAAUGCUUACUUUGAUUUCACUUUUACAGUGAUGUAGAGCUGCAACAUUUAGUUUAGGAUGUAAUUAGUCAGUAGAAAGAAAAUUGAUUGGCAACUAUUUUGAUACAUUUUAAUCAAAAAAAUGUUUAAGAAAAUAAAUUAGCAAAAAUACCAAAAAACAUCUGGUUGCAGCUUCUCAAAUGCAGCGACUUGCUGCUUCUCUUUGUCAUAUCUGAUAUAUAUCUUCAUCUGUGUUUUUUAACUGACGGCCGGAUAAAAAAGGCUAUUAAAAUCCUGGAGUUGUAGAGGAUUCUAGUAGGUGGCAUCUUUCAAUGUUUUACGACACUUUAUGGACAUUAAUGGAGAAAAUAAUUGGCAGAUGAACUGAUAACAAAGAUAAUCUUUAGUUGCGGCCCGACAGUGAUGUCGAGAGUGGGGUUUGACAGAUCCAAAGUUUAUACAACUCACUCAAUAUGUAAAACGGAAAUGUAAAUUUCUAAUUCAAGUGAUAAAAACACCAACAAAACACCUUCUCCUUUGUUCUGCAGUGGGGUUUCUCCAGUAAUAUGACACACCAUCUCUGUUCUUUUUGAGUCCUUAAAUGAUGUUGGACCCUGUCAAAUAAUUUCUGAAUAAUACUCCAUUAGUAAAGUGAACUUUGAGGAUAAAAGAUGAGGAUGAAUCCAUGUGCUAUGGGAAAAUAUGCACUAAAUUUUGCACUAUACUUUUGUCCAUGUUACUUUAUAUUGCAUACUUCCCUAUGGGCCUAUCAAUGUAA